CUCACACCCUCUCAAAUACACCCCCACUACAAAAACAUAGUCUAAAGGCUUACUAUGGCGCGUGGUAAGCAGACCGCGCGAUAUCAGGUGGGAAGGCUCCCUAAUAAGCCCGCUUGUACGCCGCGUCCGCAUAUCCAACCGACGCGUUCCACUCUAGUCGCCGGCACUCGACGCAACCCUGAACGUGAAGCCCGCGCGGACAUGAGUUUCUUGUUCGACAGUGAGGAUGAUAUCGCUGCCAUUGACAACGAGCGCCCGAAGAAGAAGCGCCGUGUCGCCUGGAAGCCCAAGGGCAAGUUCCGCUUCCUUGACCUACCUGCUGAGCUCCGGAAUUCGAUCUACGAGCUCCUCCUAGUCAACCAACGCGACGAUUCCCCCUUCCACGCCCUACGGCUUUUCAUCAACCAGGAAGCCCGUGACUUCCGGAAGACCCGCCGCGAACGCGAGUCAAUCAAACGUAUCCACAUGGGAGGCACAGCCAUCAUCCCGAAGCCUGUCAAGGUCAAACCGCUGGCGUAUACCGCCAUUCUGGCGACGAAUAAGCAGAUCAAUAGGGAGGCGAAGCAUGUCCUCUACUCCCGGAAUAUCUACGCCCUUACGCUCUCUCGCCACAACUGGGACCACAUCCACCAACCCACCAACAUCAUCAAGCCUUCUGGCUGGGACUUCUCCGCCAUGACCAAUUUGCAUCUUGAGCUUGUCCUAUCCACUACCUUCGAUGUCGACACGUUGGUGGAUUGGAUGGCGCUCUUUAGCGAGAUGGCUUCGCUUAACCAACUCACCAUCUCUCUCACCCGCGGCCCGAAUCACUAUGUUAACGAGGAUGCCAUGCAGAAGUGGGAGGACGUUCACUGGAUGUUCAAAGCCUUUCUGCGCAGCUUUGUGCAGGCAAUCCCGAAGAACGCGACGGUAGUGUGGGAUCAUAGUGAGCCGGCUGUUGGUGAGGGACGGCUCCGGGGGCAGGGGCAUAGGCGCGUGAAGCCGAGUGUCGUGAAGGGAAUGUGGGCGGAGAUGAAACAGCUCCAGGGCUUGGAGCAUGAGCUUCCGGAGGCGGUUGAAGAAGAUACUAGUGAGGACACUGCGAGGGACAAUGAGGUGGGAGCUUGAGGGGAAAGUCGGUGUUCGGAUACACACGAUGGGGCUAUGAUUUGCGCGGACUUUACCCCCGUUGCACUCUGUUUCCUCCUUCUGUUACCCCUUCCUGUAUCGACCUUCUCUCCUGUUCCCCUGCGUGUCACUUCUACAGUAUGUUUUCCUUUCUGUUCUAUGCUUUGUUACUUUCCUGUUCGAUUUUCCUCUCUUUCAUCACAGAGCGGUCCCACCGACUGCUAUAAUGGAGCCUUUGUAGGUCGAUGAUGGGGUAGAUUAGGUAAGGUUGUGGGUACUUCUAUCAUAGCGAGCGUGCCAACAUUAGGUUGAGCUUUUGUAGCUAUUAGACCAACUGGAU